AACAACAAUGGAACGUCAUCGGACAUUGGAUUCGUCAAUGUCAUCUUUGUAUUCCGGCUCGAAUAUAUCACAGACUCCGUCGCGUCACUAUCCUCCAUCUUCGGCAGCACCAUCACCCACACCAAGUGGCCAAGGAGGAGGUGGUGGUGGAGGCACCUCUGGUGGCAGUAAUCAAUUAAUGCCACAAAUAUCACAAAAUGACAGCAUCGCCAGUGGAACUUCAUCAUCAAUGCAAGGAUUACGUGCAACAACAAUUGGUACCGUUGUUGUACGCUGUGGUCCCAUACAAUUGGUCAUAGCUCUGUUGCAAAGUACGGAAAAAUUGUAUAUAAAAGUUGUGGAACUGGAACCAAAGAUAACAACACUAGGUGCUAAUCUCGAUGAAUCCAUAAGACUACAGAAUGAUCACGAUGAGACUCUUCGAAAUGUACAGAACUUACCCGGACCCAUGGACGAAUUUGUUCACAAAGCCGACAAAUUGCUCGCCAGCAAACGUAUUAGUGCCGAUCUAGUCAAUGCCAUGGCCGAUACUUUGAACAUCAUUUGGGCUGAUAUUUUACAUUUGAUGCAAGAUCGUCAAAAUAUUCUGCAUUUAUGUACACAAUUCCAGGAUAAAAUGGUUCAGUGUCAGAGACGUAUGGACUCACUGGAGGUUGCCUGUAUUGACACAAUGAUUCCAAUUGAAGUGACAGCCGUGCAGGAGUUCCUAAGUAAAUUCAAACAGUUGCGUAUCGAUAUGUUAACGGCCGUGAUGGCUGCCCUUAAGGAUGGCAACGAAUUGUUGGCCCAAUUACAGGAAUUGGAAAAUUUAGAAACACUGGAUACACGACCGGAACACAUUAAGCGUGAUGCUGCUCGAGCGGUUCAUCAAGUGCAGCUGUGGCUUGAGGCAUUGCACGAUCGUCGUAACACAUUGGAAAUUGCAUGGCAGACGAGGAAAACACAGCUUGAACAAUGUUUGGCAUUGGCUAUGUUGGGUCGUGAACUUAUCGAAGUGGAAGCCGCGUUGCAACGUCAAAAGGAUGAAAUCUCCACGCUCUUUAGUUUAGGUGAAUGUGAACAUACGGCCAAUUUGGCUCUGCAGAAUUACAAGGAAUGGAAACAACAGGCUAUGCAGUUGCGGGAUCGUGCUCUCAAAAUUACACGAGCCAAAGAGAAAUUGCAAUCGUCUGGCACCUUUACAGGAGACGAGGCUUGUGCUAGGGCCUACAAUGUCCUAAGUGCAUGUUCAGAGCAUUACGAUAUGGUAGAUCAGCGAGAACAUUGGCUGCAUCAAUCCAGGGACUUCUUCUCAAAGGCUGACAACACUUUGAAGGUAUUGGAAAAACUUGAAGUGGAAUUGUCGAAUGUUAAACUGCCACCUAAUACCCCCGAAAGUUAUGCCAUGUAUGCCAAGGUGGCCAAAGAUGUGGCUAAAUUCACAGAAGAGCCGCUGCGUUUAGGAUACAGUAUUUUGGAUGAUGUUGGUCGUACAGCACCAGAAACUAAAGGCAUUAAACGGGUUUUGGAUGAAAUAGAAAAUCGCAAAGCCUAUAUUGAGGGUAUUUGUGCCAAUAGUAAUGAGGAACAGCAAAGGGUUACCCGGGCCCUUAACGAAUUCCUUGCUCAAUACAAUGAUCUUCUACAGUGGCUAAUGUCCUCGGGUCAACAGUAUCUACAACAAAAUAUCCAUAUGGGUAAAACAUUGGAACAAACUAAACAGUUUCUGCUGCAGCAUCAUGAACUUAUGCAGGAUUUGGAGAUCAAAGGUGAACUUAUUAACCUGUUGUUGGAAUCAAUAAAAACUCAUUUGGAAUCUUUGAGUGCCCAGCAACGUUACGAUGUCGAUUCCAAGGCGGAAUCAUUGCACAAACAUUGGAUAGAAUUGAAAGAUUUGGUACUGAAACGUGUCGAUUGUGUUUCGGUCCUUAUCGAAUUCUUCGAAAAAUCCAAUGAAUUUGGUAGUCAACUGGACAAUUUGAAACGCCAACUGGCCAUGACACCCAACGAACAGAAAUUACAAUUCCUCCAGGAAACAUGGAAGAAUAUGCAAUCCGAUUUCAGUGAUUUAAAGAACAUGGGUUCAAGAUUCCUUAAUUUAAAGAUUUUGGAUCCAUAUCUCGAUACAAAACCAUCAGCAAAUGCUGUCGAAGAUAUCCUCAAUGGUUUCAGUAAGCAACAGAUCGAUGUAACAACAAGUUUUGAAAAUUGGACAACCCAUAUAACGGAAAAGCGUGAAGUUGAAACUAUUUUGGAAACGAUCAUGAGUCAAAAUGAUGAGACCGCUGCCAAAACCACCAAUGUUGAUACUCAGCUCUAUCCAAUUUUCACAUCACCUUCGGUGGAUGCCAAACAACUGCACACAAUAACCAGCGAAAAAUUGAAAAUCGUCCUGCAAGAUAUCGAUCAAGCUCAAAAUGAAAUUCAAGAGCGAGUUCACACAACUAUCAACAUUCAAACGAAAGAUCCCGAAGCAAUGCAAAAAAUCGAACAAGUCAUUAGUAAUUUACGAACAUUAAAAUCCAAAUUGGAUGGUAUACGAUACGAUUAUAAAACCCUGGUCGAAAGUAGUUUACAAUUUCUGGAAAGUGUUCAGCGAAUACAUCAGGAAAUUACCGAUUUCUUUGUGAAACAAAAACAAACACAACAAAAUACGAACGAUGCCAUUGAACGUUGCAUUGCCGAACAUGAGAAAUUCCGUGAUCUGACAAUGGAUUCAUUCCGUUCAUUAAUAACACAAUCGGAGAUAUUAAUUGAUCGUGUACGUGCACUGGAACCACCCGGUGCUAAGGAGGUGGACACAGAUCGUAUUUUGAAAUUGAUGGAAAAUUUGCGUAUGUAUUUUGAGACUUGUAAUGGUGAGAGAAUGUCAUCGUUGGAACGUUUGGAAAGGCUGGAGAAAUUCAAAACUGAUUUGUUGGAUAUUAAUCGCAGUUUGGAUAGUGUUUCGCGGCAAUUGCAAGAGAUAAAUGGUCAGAAUGUUGAUAGUUUGGCGGCAGCUAAAACCACAUCAUUGGCGUUUGAGUAUUUUGAACGUACCAUCGAGAAUUUAAUGCCAACAUUUUUAAAGCCCACCAGACAUGAACUGCGUUGGGGCUGUUAUUUACACACAAUGGAGUUAUUGGAAAAACGUAUUGAAAAAUUCACUGAAACCACAACGGAACAAUUGCUCGUUUCAAAUCCCGAAAGUGAAGCCUAUUUCCGCGAGGAAUUGCGCAAACUUAAUGAAAAAUGGCAACAAUUCAGAGAUCAAGUUAAAAUCAAGAGGAAUUCAUUGAAUCAGGCAACGGAAUUCUUUGAAGUGGUUGAAAAGAUCGAUUGCGAAUAUCGUGAAAUUAAUUAUUUCUACAAUAGUGUCUCGAACAAAAUCACCUACCUUCGCGACCCUGUAGAAGCCUCCAAUCUCGUCAAUGACAUUGACAAAUAUGUCAAUGAACGUGAGGCGCCGUUACGUGAAAAAUUAGAAAGUGCUGCCAAGUGUAGUCAUGACAUGUCUAAGGUUUCCCAGCUGUACAAUGACGUGAUGGCCAUCUUCCAAUCAUUUAUGAAACUUAAAUCGGAUAUUACGAUUGUAUCGGAACGUUUGAAGGGAGAGGAACGUGCCCGAGAAUUACGCGAACGAGAGGCACGCGAACAAGCCGAACGUGAAAAGGCUAUGCGUGAAGCUGAGGCUCGCGAGAAGGCCGCCCGCGAACAAGAGGCACGUCUGUUGGCACUCAAAGAGCAAGCAGCACGUGAAAAAUUCGAACGUGAGCGUUUGGCAUUGGAGCUGGCAGCCCGUGAAAAGGCUGUACGCGAAGAAGAACAACGCUUGUUGCAGAUACGCGAACAAGCGGCGCGUGAACAAGCGGCACGAGAACAACAGGCUCGUGAAGAGGAACAAGCCCGUUUGAGAGCUUUGCGUGAUGAGGAAGCACGUCUUCAAGCGGUUCGUGAGCAAACUUUGCGGGAACAGGCUAUACGCGAACAAAAGGCUCGCGAGGAAGAAGAAACACGCCUUAGGAAAAUUCACGAAGAAGAAAUUCGCUUACAAACCUUGCGUGAACAAGCUGUACGCGAAGAAGAAGCACGCAUUCAGGCAUUACGUGAACAAACAAAGCGUGAAGAAGAAGCUCGCAUGUUGGCCCUCAAAGAGCAAGUACAACGCGAAGAAUCUAUCAAACGUUUACAAAGCAUGCACGAGCAAAUCGAUCACCAGCGUAUUGUCACCGAAAAUAUACGCAAGGAUAUUGAAAUCAAUCACAUCUUUACCGAAAUCAAAUAUUCCUCACCGGUCUUUGUGAAACCUCUCAAAGAUGCGGUAACCAGGGAAAAUGAUAAAUUCACUUUUGAAUGUGAGGUGACGGGCAGUCCGGAACCAUCAAUUGAAUGGUACAAAGAUGGCAUUCUAAUACAAAACAAUCCCGACUAUAAAACCUCCUAUGACAAGGGCAUGUGUCGCCUCGUUAUAGAAGAAACAUUUGCUGCUGAUUCGGCCAGAUUUACAUGCCGUGCUUCGAAUUUAGUCGGAAAUGCCACGACCAGUGCCACUCUAUCGGUACGUGAAAAUGCCGCCGAGGUACAAAUGAUUCCACCACGUAUUGUACGUUAUUUGGCCAGUGCUAGUGCCAAGGAAGGUUCCUCAUUCGAAUUUUCUUGUGUGGUCACCGGCAACCCAUUGCCGACCGUACAGUGGUAUAAAAAUGAUAAAUGCAUUGAUGACUGUCCCGAUUAUGUGAUUAGUUAUAAUAAUGGUGAGGCGAAGUUGCGCUUCGAAGAAGUCUUCUUGGAGGAUGAUGCUGUUUACACAUGCAGUGCUUCAAAUCCCGCUGGAAUUGAACACUGUUCGGCCAGCUUGAUUGUGGAACCUCUUGAACCCACUGAAGUUCCCCACUUUAAAAUUCCCCUGAACAAUGCAAUGGCUCGUGUUGGCCAAAAGGUAAAAUUGGAAGCUUUAAUUGGUGGUAUACCGCGUCCAGAAAUAUAUUGGAUGCACAAUGGCAAACAAUAUUUCCCACGUGAUGUUAAGUAUGAAUACGGCCGCGUAACGCUCAUAAUACCCCAAGCUUAUCCAAACGACGCUGGAGUCUAUGUACUGACAGCUAAAAAUUUAGCAGGUGAAGCUUAUAGUUCGUGUAACGUGAUUGUCAAAGGACGUCUGCCAAACGAGACGUCCGAUUCGGAAAUGGCUUCGGAUAUGGAACCCGUCAAGCCAACGGUACAGUUGUCGCUUAAAGAUGUCUCGAUUGUCGAGGGUAAACCAGUUCGUCUCGAUUGUAUAAUUGUGGGCCAGCCCGAGCCCGAAGUGAUUUGGUAUCACAACGAAAGGCCCAUCAAGGAAUCGGCCGAUUUGAAAUUGCUCUUCCAGGGUGACAAGUGUUCGCUCGUCAUCGAGGAGGCAUACCAGGAUGAUGCUGGCAACUACAAAGUGGUGGCUAUUAAUUCGGCGGGUGAAGCUACAAGCAGCUGUGAGGUUAAGAUUGCACCAUCUGCCGAAUCGGAAACUGCCUCAGUAGCCGAGUCGGAGACGAAAAAAGAAGAAGAGGUGGUGACUGAGGAAAAGGUGACCAAAACAGUAACCGUUGAAAAAGAAACGGCCGCUGUCCAAGAAGUUGUGGUCGAAGAUGUUGGCGAAGAUGAGGAAGAAGACGCCCAAGAAGAAGAAGAAGUGGUCGAAGAAGUUGAAGAGGAAGAAGUCGAAGAAGAAGAGGAACAAUACUUGGAAUUUGUAAAACAAAUUCAAGAUCAAACAGCCGAACUUGGCGAAACUGUCAAGUUGGAAGUUGUUAUUAAGGCCAAACCCCAGGUCACCGUAGAAUGGGCCUUGAAUGGUACACCCAUUAAGGGUGAUGACGACAACUUUGUCCUCUCUUCCAGUGGAGACAAUUUCUCCCUUACCAUCAAGAAAAUGAGCACCGCUACAGCAGGUAAGGUAGAGGUGACCGCCAGAAACCCCGUUGGUGUUUCGAACAGCGUUGCCUUCUUGGGCUUGUCCACCUCCGAAUUGGAUCUCGAAGACAUGACCGAUGACGACAGUGUGGCCCAAAGUCUUACUCAAGAUAUGUCCGGCUCAGCUUCGGUAACAAUUGAAAAGAAGACUGUCACCAGUACCACAACCCAAUCUGAGGUUAGGUCAUCGAAUGCCGAACCUGAAGAAACUGUUGAUGCUGCACCCAAGAAAGAGGUGUUGUUGUUGGAAACAACUAGAACUGGCACACCAGUCCAUGAUGCAGCCGAACCCUCUAGCCCCUCCGGCACCCGCAAGCCCUAUGCACCUCGUUUCACCACGCCCUUGGCCGGUAAAAUCGUCGAUCAAGGCGCUGAUGUCAGCAUGGAAGCCGUCAUUGAUGGUUUCCCCUCACCCGACAUCAAGGUCGAAAAGAAUGGCUAUGAUUUGCCUCAAAAUGGUCGCAUUACUGUCGAAAAGAACAGCAACCAUGUCACCAUUGACUUUAAGGAUGUUAAUCAUUCGGAUGCUGGCCGCUAUGCCGUCACCGCCAGUAAUGUAGCUGGCCAAGCAACAAGCACCGCCGAUUUGAUUGUCAAAAAAACCAUUUUCCCACCUGUCUUCGGCAAGCGCUUGCAAGCCCAAGUCAUGAAGAAAAAUGAAAAGAUUAUCAUGGAAGUUGAGGUUACUGGUUUACCCGCACCAUCGGUCGUCUGGAUGAAGGACGACAAACCGUUGGCAGAGGCUGGUUUAUCUCAACAUAGACUCCUUGAAAAUGGCAACACUCAUACCUUGAUCAUUGAAAGGGGCCAAAUAAGCGAUUCUGGCAAAUACAUGGUCAAAGCAACCAAUGCCGCUGGCGAAGCCAAGAGCAUAGCUGAUUGUGCUGUUCUGGAACCGACACCAGAACGCAUGCAAGAGGUGGUCAAGACAGUCGUCUAUGAGAGACCCGAUGCAUUCACCACUGAAUUUAACAAGGAACCACUGUCGUUUGAAUCCCAAAAAAUCGAAAGCCAAAAAUCAAGCGACAGGCAUGGCUUAUCCGAGUCCAAAAUUAUAACUGAGCAUCGUUGCACCACCGAGGCAACCAUGCGUCUAGAACAUAAACCCAAUUACUCCGAUUUGCCCGAUCGCCUGACCAGACCUAAUGUGGAUGUAACCGAUCACAGUAAUCCCGGCGUCAAGUCAGUGCCACCACCACAUUUCGGUGGUGUAGCUACGCCCUUCCACCCCUCAGCCCCAGCAGCUGUGGCGGCGGCGGUCGCAUCGUCGCCAGCCAAGCCCCAUGUUACAUUUGUGGAUCCAAAUGACACCGAACCCCAGUGCAUUAUUGACAGUGAAGAAAAGAAGACUUCAUCCUUUGAGUAUUUCAAGAAAAUCGAUAAGGUCAUUCAAAGUGGCGCCCCAGCCGAAUCUCAAAACGUUCCAAUGAACCAAGACGAAGAAUCCGUCGAAGAUCGCACUUUGAGACGUGGUUCACCACCUCAAAUGUGUUUUGUUCCCAAUACCGAUAACCAAACGAAACCCAAGAAUCCCCCGAUCAAUGAAAGAAUUAAACAAUUGGAAGAAAUGCCCGUCAAUACCAAAGAGCCACCACAUGGUGGUGUGCCCAUUUUCCCACCUAAACCAGGUACACCCAAACCCUCCCUGGAAGGUUUGCGUAUGGAAAAAUUGUGGAGUCCCAGUGCCACACACGCCACUGGUUUGGGUGGUAGUGCCCACGAUUUGAGAGCUCCCUCAUUGGUGAAACAAGCCACUGGAGGUGCCAGUCGUCCCAAGACACCAAUUGAAGAUAUCGACUUACAACCAGGCACUCCACCAGAAAUGUGUUUUGCCCCCAAGGGCCCACAGCUACAGCAACGUCAAUCCAUUGUCGAGACCAUGGAGAAGAUAAUCGAGGAGAAAUUGAUACAAUCAAGGCCCUCCACUGUCUUGCCACAAUCGGUGCCCACAGUAUUGCCACUAACACCCACUGAUACACCCCAGCAAGCUCCGAUCUAUAAACCUCCCCCGCCAGUUGUUCCCAACAAAUUGCAAACGCCCAACAAUGAAAGUGAUUAUGAAAGUGACCGCUGGAAAUGCAGUGGCAGUGAAUCGGAUGAGAAUACCUUACGCACCACAUUCAAUUCGUUCCAGGCCCCUGUACACAAGACAAAUGGUUAUGCAGCCGAUACAGAAGACAAACAGGAAUCGUAUUCAACGACAGAGAAUCGUUAUCAUCAUGAAGAUAAGGGUUACUCUGUAACAUCCAUGACGAAAAAUGUUUCCUACAACAUGUCAUCGACCAGUGGUGGUCCCAAACCAUUCGGUGCCGAACCAGUUAGCCAACAACCUACUGGCUAUAGACCCGUUGCCCCACCAAGCCCAAUACCGGCUCAACGUAAAACACCAGCUGCUGAAUACAGCGACUAUUGCAGCGAAGUUGAUGAACGUUUCCGUUCGGUGUCACGUGCUUCGGACAAUGACAUUAAGGGUUAUCGUGUGGUUUAUCCACCCACACCCAAGCCCACUAUUAAUGGUCAUAAGUCUCCCGUUGUGGUGGUUACACCAUCACCCAUGGAAUUCGAGCCUACACCACCAACAACCGGUCCUUCUUAUGCUGCCAAGCCUAAGUUUGAGCAACCCCGUCAAUUUGGUGGCUAUCAAGCUCCCAAGCCCCAAUUUGCUCCAGCCCAAACUCAACAGGUCUACAAACCGAAACCAGUGGCUGCUAAAUUCUUGGCUGCUGCUGCCCAACAACAGCAGCAAUUUGCUCCACCACCACAACCCAUACCAAGAGAUUUGCAUCAACAACAACCACGUGGUGUGGCUCCUCAACCUGGUAUGUAUUACAACGCUGUGGCUAGUUCUCCCAUGCAUAUGCCACACAUGGCCACCGAGACCAAGAAUUCCAUGCAAAUGAAGGAGUCCUCGGAGUCGUGCCAACGUGUUGUGAAUAUGCAACAAACCCAACGCGUGAUGCACUACGACAAUCAGAACUACAACAACGCCAACAAUAACUUGGGAUACCAAUAUCAACAACCCAUGGAACAAUUCCCACCUUAUAGCCCAACUCCCUCACCACGUGCCACUCCUGGUCGCCAACGUGUACCACCACCAGCUACACCCACCAAAUUCAUACCAGGCAAAUUCCAUGACAGCGGCUAUUCGAAUGAAAUCGACAAGGUUCGCAUUGCUCCCCUCUGGACACCUAUGGGACCCUCGGGACCUUUGCGUUACCGUCACGUUGAGGCACCAAAAUCACGUUCCACCAGCUUGCCACGCGCCUAUGAACGUGUGCUCUCGCCCAUGGAAUUCGACCGGGGACCAGAAAUGCCCACCAAAAUCCAUGUCGAUGUUGAGACCAUUCGCCGUGAUCGUGCCAACAACAUUGGCCAGCAGAAUCGCACUCAGUCAUUGAAUCGCAACUCGUCGAUGCGUUCCAAUCAACAAUACUAUCAAACGAACAACUACGAUCAGGGGGCAUUGCCACAGACAUAUCCCCGCGAUGGUGGCUAUAAUGCUGCCAAUAGCUGGCAAUCGCAAGCCGAACAUCAGGCCAAGAGCAUGAACUCGUCGUUUAUGCAGAAAACUCAAAAGUUCAGCGAAAACAUUAGGGAAGACAUGCACAAGUACAGCAGCAGCCAAAAUACAUCGAACCUAGUCAAUGGAUCGUCAGCCUCACCAAUGGGUUAUCGUGCCGGUUUCCAACGGGCACCCAGUGAGGGUGACAAUAGGCCACAGGCUUAUCAUGAUGAAUCUCGGGUAUCUCAAUACGGUACCAAAUGUGUUGAUCCCAAUACUGGUUUGGUUUAUUUUAAAUAUGAUUUCGGUUAUGAAUUUGGUAUACUGUUCCCCGGUGAGGGUCACAAAUUUGUGGCCAGCCAAUGGAAUAAAUCACAAUCAUCAUCACUACCGACCAGCCACAGACAGAAUUUUCCCAAAGUAACUGGACGCAAAAACCUCUAUCCGUUGGCGGGUGGACGUGAUCUAGUUAUACCGGUCCAGCACGAACGUACCCAUAUAACACCAUCACCCGUAAAUGGUGGCUAUUAUUCGGAUACAGAUGAUGCUGGCGGUCAUUACAGGGGAGGUUCAUCAUCGUAUAGAUCCAUCACACCGAAUCUAUCGUGUCCAUCACCAUCGUUUGCAACAAAUAGACUAAAGAAACGUUAUAGUUUACCGAAUACCCAAUCUAUCGAUAUUAAUAUCGAUCGUUUGCACAGUGGGGAUUCAUUAAAUAAUUUGUCUAGUUUACCAUUAACAGGACAACAAGGUUAUCCACAAGAUGUACCAGUAAAUUAUAGCCGUGAAGAAUUUGUACCCAUUGCACCAAUCUUUAUAACGCCCUUGAAAGAUCAUGCUGUUGCCAUUGGACAAACUGCUCGAUUUGAGUGCAUCGUUCAAUCGCAUCCAACACCAUCUGUGACAUGGACUAGAAACGGUUACAAUUUGGAAUGCAGUCCCAAGCAUAUUGUUGAAUAUCGUAAUGGUGUAUGUCGUCUAACCAUACCCCAGGCAUAUCCAGAGGAUGCUGGUAACUAUUCAUGCACUGCUGCUAAUCCUUUGGGCGUUGCCACCUCGAACGCCAAAUUGGAAGUCAAUAAUCAAUACAAGGCUGUCCACAUCUUCAAAUAGAUUUAAGUUCAUUCAGUGUUUUUGUAUAAUUAUUUAUGCCCUGAUUAUGAUGAUGAUGAAAAUACUACUACCAA